UGCUUCGCCCUUAUGCCCGCGGCGUCUACCCCUCCGGCCGUACCGAGGCCGCCAGCCGAGUACGUUCUGCGUGCUCGGGAGGCGGCGCUCGACUGGAGCAACGCGGCGCCCACGGGAGAGGCGGGCCCCUCCUCGGCGGCGGUGCCAUCGCUGAGGCGGCUGAGAACGAAGUCGAGCGUAUCGGGGCGACAGGGCGAAGGCCCGGCCGACGCACAUGGCGGCGACAGACCCGUCGUCGCACGCGUGGAGCUCAUCCACUCGUGCGAUGACGGGUCUGUCGUCACCAUGUGCGUCAGCUGCCCCGACGUGCCGGCGCAGGCCUGCCGCUCUUUCAACCAGGACGCGCGGGCCACCGUCGCCGCGCUCCUCCGCGGCGAGCACGCGAGCUGCCCCGGUCGGCGGUACACCGGCCGGGAGCUUGCCGCGUGGGUGCUGACCGAGGAGCAAAUUUCCAAGCUCAGGCUCGGCGACCUGCUCGGCCGGCGGGAUGAGUCGGCCGCGGCGGUGCUCUCCGCCUUUGUCGCGGCGCUCGACCUGCGAGCGCUGCGGCUCGACGACGCGCUCCGCUUCUUCCUCUCCCUCUUCCGCCUCCCGGGCGAGGCGCAGAUGAUCGGUCGCAUCAUGGAGGCCUUCGCGGCGCGGUACGCCACGCAGCACGCGGACACCCCGCUCGGCUCGGCCGACACGGUCUACGUGCUCUCCUACGCGCUCAUCAUGCUCAACGUGGACGCGCACAGCGCGGCGGUGACGCACAAGAUGACGCAGCACCAGUUCGCCGCCGGGCUGCGCGGGGUCGACGGCGGCGCCGACCUCCCCGCGCCGCUGCUCGCCGAGCUGUACGCCUCGAUCUGCGGGCGCGAGAUCGUGAUGGAGCAGCGCGAGUACAUCUCGAGCAAGGUGGAGGGCUGGCUGUGCAAGCGCGGCGGCCGCGUGCCCUCCUGGAAGCGGCGCUACUUCAUCCUGAGCGGCUCGUGCCUCUACUACUUCACCUCGCCAAAGGACGCCGCACCGCUCGGCAUCGUCCCGCUCGAGGGCGUCGAGGUGCGGCCGACCUCGCGCAGCCAGGCCAGCUUCGAGGUGCGCCCAGCGGCGCUGCCGGGCGCGCAGGCCGGCCCGAGGCACGUGCGGUCGGUGCGCGCCUCCUCGUACCGGCCGGGUGGCGCGCUGGUCGAGCAGGGCCACCACGCCUCCUUCCGCUUCCGGGCCGCGUCCGCCGCCGAGCGGCAGCGGUGGGUCGACGCCAUCCGCGAGCACUCGGUCGGCGACCCGAUGGCGGGCGUGCGGGCGACCCUCUCGCGGCACAAGUCGGGCCGGUGGGCAGCCUCCUCGGGUGAGAAGGUGGCGGCGCCGCCCGCCCGCGCCGUGGUCUGA